AUGACCAAGACAACCACCGCAGCCCUCUAUCCCAACGAAAAGGUAGCCGCCGAGGUGGGGGCGUACUCGGAGCGGAAUUCAACUGCAUUGCCAAAGAACCUCAUUGAAUAUCAUGACUCCAUAGUGGAAAGCCGUUCGGACUCGGAUUACAUGGUAUCGAGUUUGCAAGCACAGAGCCUUGCCUUUUUUGCCAGAGCCUUUGGUGCUAAGCGGAUUCUUGAGAUUGGCUCUUAUGUUGGCUUCUCUGCACUCGUUUGGGCACAUUCCGUCGGCCCAGAUGGCAAAGUGACAGGUCUUGAAUUCUCGGAAGAAUAUGCCAAGAUUGCAAACGAGGCUUUUGAGAAGCAGGGUGUGAAGAAUGUGGAAAUCAUCGUGGGAGAUGCACUUCAAACGCUUUCGACUUUGAAACCCGAGGAGCCGUAUGACUUGAUAUUCAUUGAUGCUCAGAAAUCAGGCUAUCCCGACUAUCUCCGGGACAUUCUGGCCGGCUCUCAGCCUGGUUCAACUACACGGCUCCUUCGCCCUGGAGGCAUCAUCAUUGCAGACAACGUCCUCCGGCGUGCGCUGGUAGCUGAUGGGAGUGAGGAGAAUCCAAACUGGGGAUUGCAGCGACACGUGAAACAUGCCGAGGAUGACCUUACGGCCCUCCGCAAGUUUAACACAGCGUUGGCAAAUGAUGAACGGCUGGAGGCGCUCCUCUUGCCAGUGUUUGACGGCGUCGGUUUUGCGAGACUUCUCGAUUGA